AAGCAUAAUUGUUUAGUUUUUAUGUAACAAAAAGACAUAAUAAGAUGUUGAAGCAUCUGUAUGGCAGCUUAUAUUCAAAAUCGAACACUAUUGCUAAGCGGAGUGUUUAUCAUGUUGCGAGAAUUCUGGAUGUAGAAAGUGGUAAAUAUAAUGAAAGCGAUAAAGUCCAAAUACAAGGCUGGGUUAAAGCUGUUCGUAAAACGAAAGAAAAUGUUUUUCUGGAUGUUAAUGACGGAACGAGUCCAAGCAAUCUCCAGUUAGUCGUUAGUAAACUUAAGCUAGGCGAGACGGCUUAUGGUUCAUCAGUGGAUGUAAAAGGCACACUUAAACAGACGCCAAAGGACCAGUUAGAGCUGAAUGUGGACACUCUACAAGAGCUAGGGGGCUGUACACUUUCGGACGGUUAUCCUUUCUACCCGAAAAAAGCUUAUCCUCCAGAAUAUAUUAGAAAUCAUCUCCACCUUCGAGCGCGAACCGCUGCGAUAAGUUCCACUCUACGUGUGCGCCACCGUGCCAUACAUUGUAUCAAUCAGUUUCUAGAUCAGGAAGGUUUCAUUCAAGUACACGCCCCGGUCAUUACCUCCAACGACUGCGAGGGAGCUGGAGAAGCUUUCAAAGUGAAACCAGCUAGCGAGCAGUUAACGCGGCAAGUAUCUAAAAACAAUUCACCGCUCGAGGACAGCUAUUUUAAUGGCCCGGCUUUCUUAACUGUGUCAGGUCAGCUACAUUUGGAAGCAAUUUGCCAUGCACUAAGCAAAGUCUACAGCUUUGGUCCUACAUUCCGGGCAGAGAAUUGUAAAUCUCCCAUUCACUUGAGUGAGUUCUAUAUGUUGGAACUAGAGGAGGCAUUUAUGGAUACGACAGAAGCCCUGAUGAACAGAAUCGAGUCGUUAGUCAAAACGGUUACACGGUCACUAUUGAACUCUGUUUCGCCAGACAUCGAUCUCGUAAGGAAAUUAACUACCCAGUCAAGUCUUGAGAAAGAUUUUGCAUGGUUGGAAAAACCUUUCCCGCGCAUAACCUAUAGAGAAGCAAUUGAUAUCCUCAAGACUAAUCAAGGAAAACUAAAAGGAGCUGUGCAAGCAGAAAGCGGGAUUAAUAAAGAACAAGAGCUUUUUCUGGUUGACUACCACCAAAGUCCCGUGUUCGUUGAGAGGUGGCCAAAAGAGAUUAAGUCGUUCUACAUGCGAGAAUACCCGAACGAUUCGAGCCUUGUCGAUGGUUUAGACUUUCUCGUUCCUCAUGUGGGUGAAUUAGUCGGCGGAAGUCUUCGUGAGAACGAUUACAAUCGUCUAAAGGAGAAACUACCGGACCAUGACGCCUUGGGAUGGUACCUGGAUCUGCGCAAAUUCGGCUCUGUCCCCACGGGUGGAUUUGGACUUGGCCUAGAACGGUAUCUGUCUUGGAUUUUGCACGUGCACAAUGUUAGAGAUGUAAUACCUUUUCCACGCUGGGCACAUAAUUGUCCAAUGUAA